CUGCGCAAGCGCCGCCCGUGGCUUCGCUCCUACCCCGGUUCGCUUCGGGCUUGCCCUCCUGCUCUCCCGCCGCCCAACUUCGCCGGCCACGCCGCUCCAUUCCAUUCGGGCGCCACCCGUCGCCCGUCUUCGUCUCCGCCAGUCCAAGGCUCCAAGCCCCGGUCCGCUCCAGCCUUGCCGUCGUACUCUCCCGCUAUCCAGCUUCAUCCAGCCAGCCAUGCCGCUCCCCCACCGGUCCACGCGCUAGCCCCCGCCGGACGCCGGUUCAGGCGCCUGCGGCCGCGGCUUUGGCGUGGACGCCGGGCAGCGCUUGUGCCGGUUCCAGCCGAUCCCAGGUCCGAGGAUGGCGGCCGGCCGGCCCGAGCCAACCAAGAAAGGGGCGGCGGGCUGUAGGCGGCAGCGGCACGCCCAUCCCAUCCACCGACGACCCUACAGGGUACUGCAGGCAAGUGCCUAUGCUAGAACAGAAGGGAUGCAGAAUCUGGGAAGACUGUCUUAUAUUUCUUUUACUAGUCUCCCCAAGUGUUAAUUUUGUUUGUUUACAAGCUUAUUUGUUUUUGCUGUAUUUACUGUGUGAUCUCUGAUUCUCAUCUGUGCAUUACGCUGGUUCAGAUGGAUUUGAUCUUAUAUAAUUUGGUGAUGCUGUUAUUAUCAAGUAUGCACCAAAUGGUGACUGUGGAUUCGAGAUACUUUCAGUAUAGUGAGAUUGGUUUAUGUUGUGGGCACAGAUCUAUUUUCCACAAGCUGUGUACUGAUUUAAACUUCGCGUCCUCAUAGUUUUACCUUUGUGAGGACAAUCUAGUGUCUGCUGUGCCAAUUUCUUCUGCGCCUUCUAUGUUAUCAGUACUGUUAUGCUCUGAGAGGGAGCACAGGUAGAUUGAUUGUUGAGGUAAGUGCUGUGAAGGUAAAUUUGGUGAGCUUUAGGCAUACUGAUUGCUGUUUGAGAACUGCAUUUUCUUUUGUUGAGUUUGUUGCACCUGUUCAGCCAAAAUUCUUAAGCUGUUGAGUUAUCUGAUGGUAGCUACUGGUACUUUCAGCAGUUCUGCUAUAUUUGUAUUGUGUCAGGAACUCAGGAUGUUUCUAUACAGAAAAGAAAAGCUAGGGGAAUAGAAAUAUGUUAGCCAGGAAAUAUAAACAUGAAGGUGGGUUAAUAACACUGUUUCAUAUCUAGAUCUUCUAGUUGCUUCAUGUGAAAAGCAGUAGUUCUUAUCGUUCAGCCUUUUAGCACUCAGCACUGCUCAAUUGCUACCUCCAGCAUGUUCCAUUUUUGAGCUGCCACCUUCUCCACUCGUUUAUCAUUUCUUAUGGUUUGGAUGUUUCUUUGCUGUUCCCUUGAUACUAUAACAAAGAGCAAAAGCCUGUCUGUUAUGAACAUCAGUCCUGGAGAUGGACUGCGUGUUAUUCCUGUGUUUCCCUCUUUUGUGCUAUUUAGCUUAAUUAUUAUUGUGAAAUGCAGUUAUGGAAUGCCAGCUCUGGUCAAGGAUUCACACAGUUUACAGAGCACCGGAAAAGAGCUUGGUCUGUGAGUUUUUCAGAAGUGGACCCUACUAAGUUGGCAAGUGGAAGUGAUGAUUGUUGCGUGAAAGUAUGGAGUAUUAACCAGAAAAAUUGCAUUGAUACAAUCAGAAAUGUGGCCAACGUAUGCUGUGUUCAGUUCUCUCCAUACUCCUCCCACAUGCUAGCAUUUGGUUCAGCUGAUUACAAGAUAUACUGCUAUGACCUGAGGAACACAAGGAUCCCUUGGUGUACUAUUUCGCGACAUGGUAAAGCUGUCAGUUAUGUAAGGUUCUUGGAUCCAGAAACACUUAUCUCUGCAUCAAUGGACAACGCAUUGAAGAUAUGGGAUCUUAACCGGACUAAUUGCAGUGGAUUAUCUACUGAUUCUUGCAGCCUGACACUGAAUGGUCAUACCAAUGAGAAGAAUUUUGUAGGGUUAUCUGUUCACGAUGGAUACAUAACAUGUGGCUCCGAAACCAAUGAAGUGAGUGUUUUAUGUAAUAAUGUAAUGCAUACAUUUUCCUUGGCAUUCUGACAUGUUUUAGUGAAGACGCUGUCAGGAAUUGAGUUCUGUCUGUCUAGUUGUAAACUUUCGAUUGAGCAGCUAUGUGUUGAGCACAUUGGUAUGCUCAGGAAAUUGUGUUUUUUUCCCUCAUAGCACAGACGAUUACCAUGGACCCAGUCUCUAAACCUAUCAUGGUCCUUUCCUCACUAGUAUGACAAACAAUGUAUUAACACACUUGAUCAGCCCAGGCCUAGCAAGUUUCUGAUUCCACCCGACUGUGUAUUGCAAACCACCUCUCAGCCUUACAGUGAAGAUUCUCCUGUUGAUGCCAUGGCUAUUACUGUAGCACUCCUAGGUGACAGAUUGCAACCUGGAUUGACGUAAAUUGUUUGUAGUUUGGGAGUUUGAGUUGAAAGUACACUCUGUUAAAGGUUUAAGCGGAACAUUGCAGUAUGCAAUCUUCAGCUUCUGAAAUUCAGCUCACAUACCAUGGAAAA